AUGUCAAACAAGCGGCCGAAUUUCUUGGUUAUCGUGGCCGAUGACCUCGGUUUCUCUGAUGUCGGUCCCUACGGCGGCGAAAUCCACACACCUGUGCUUGAGAAACUGGCGAAGGACGGCAUUCGCAUGACCAAUUUUCAUACUGCUUCAGCAUGCUCACCUACUCGAUCCAUGCUAUUCUCCGGAACAGACAAUCACAUCGCAGGGCUUGGUCAGAUGGCUGAACACAUGUCACGUUUUGGAGACUUCUUUAAGAAUAAGCCCGGUUACGAGGGUUAUUUGAACUGGAGAGUUGCUGCUCUGUCAGAGAUUCUCCAAGACAACGGGUAUUUGACUAUCAUGUCAGGAAAAUGGCAUCUCGGUUUAUCGAAGGAAUUGGCACCAUGCAGUCGCGGCUUCACGAAAAGCUUUUCUUUCUUACCAGGAUCCGGAAAUCAUCACGCCUAUGAGCCUCAGCUCGAUGAUGAUGAAUUUCAGAUCCCAUGUCUCAACACGGAGGGGCACUGGAUGGAUGGUGACAAGUUCAUCAAUCACAGGACUGAAUUACCGGAGGACUUUUACUCAACUCGUUAUUUCACUGACCGAAUGAUCAAGUUCUUAGAAGAGCGAGAUGACAAGGAGAAGGAAGAGCCUUUCUUUGCUUACCUGCCCUUCACUGCCCCUCACUGGCCGCUGCAAGCGCCGAGAGAGGUUGUCGAGAAAUAUGCUGGGAAAUAUGACGACGGUCCAGAUGCUCUGACCCAGCGUCGGUUGCAACGACUUGUAGAGCUUGGCCUCGUUGAUAAAGGUAUCGAGCAUGCUCCUCCCACGGGGGUCCUCGGCAAAGAGUGGAACGACUUGACGGACUCUGAACGAAAGGAGUCGGCAAGGAAGAUGGAAGUCUUCGCUGCCAUGGUUGAACUGAUCGACGAGAACAUCGGUCGGGUGAUUGAAUACCUCAAGUCAACCGGCGAGCUGGACAAUACUUUCGUUCUCUUCAUGUCCGACAACGGCGCUGAAGGGGCUGCCCUAGAAGCGAUUCCUAUGAUGGGCGGGGAGACGACAUUUGCGGGUGUAAUACAGAAAUAUUACGACAACAGCCUGAACAAUGUUGGAGAGAAGUCUUCAUUCGCUUGGUAUGGAGCUCGAUGGGCUUGUGCAGCGACGGCACCAUCUAGAGGAUCCAAGUGCUGGAUUACUGAGGGUGGGAUUCGGUGUCCAUGUCUCAUCAGAUAUCCCCCUUUUCAGGCGAAACAGGAGGCCAUUACGCACCGCUUCACGACGGUUAUGGACAUCCUACCCACAAUCCUCGAAAUGGCACAAAUCCAACAUCCCGGUACCUCGUUCAGAGGGCGCGAGGUAGUGGUUCCCCGUGGGAAAUCCUGGGUCUUCCACCUCUCGUCCUCGGACUACUCCGCAGUCGACUCAACCGUGCACGGAGAAGACGUGCAUGUCCAUGGCUGGGAACUUUUUGGUCUUCGGGCCAUCCGCGAAGGAAAGUGGAAGGCUGUCUGGCUCAACAAACCCAGGGGAAAAGACGACUGGGAACUGUAUGAUGUGGAGAAGGACCCGGCCGAGAUGAACGACGUGUCAGAAAAAGAGCCCGAAGUGAUGCGAAGGCUCGUCAAUCACUGGGAACGAUACUAUGCCGAGACAGGGAUGACCCAGACACCAGAGUUCCCCAUUACCAAGGCUUAG